AAAGAGUUGUCAAUCCAAUCAGUGUCAAAUACACCAAAAUCCGAGUUGAUGAUCACUCCGAAAUCCAUUAAUUAAACUUCCUGGGUUUUCCUGUUACUAUUGAGAGUGAUCUCUUGUGUGAAGAAUUAACUUAACUUUAAAAAACAAUGGGUGAGGUAUCACUGGAGACGGCUGCGUACGCUAAGAUCAUCUUACAUGCGGCCAAAUAUCCCCAUUGCGCUGUGAACGGCGUUCUUUUAGCGGAUGCCACAAAAAUCAGAGAUGGAGCCAAAAAUCAGGACUUGGAUAUUGUGGACACUAUCCCCUUGUUCCAUCACAGUCACUAUUUAUCACCAAUGGCGGAGAUCGCUUUGACUCAGAUUGAGACUGUGGCACAAGCAGACAAUCGUGUGAUAGCUGGCUAUUACGCAGCCUGUGAGAACUUCAAGGAUAAUACGGUUGAAAAGUGUCCGGGACAGAAGAUUGCUGAAAAAAUCGCUGAGCAUUUCCCAUCAGCUGUAUUCAUUGUGGUGGACAAUAAGAGAAUGAUGCAACACCUAGACACUCCCGCCAUCAAGCUGCACAAGUACUCUGAUGGACGGUGGAAGCUCAAGGAUGCAAACAAAGUCAUGUUCCAGACUCCAUACGUUUUGGAGACAGUGUCACAUUUACUGCAGCGCGGUGUCCAGAAGGACCUAGUGGACUUUGACAAUUAUUUGGACGAUUUGUCCCAGGACUGGACCAACCUUGGCAUCGAGAAGCUCAUCGCUAGCAUCAAUGCAUCAAACACCAUAGACUGUAAGGAGGAUGACAAACUAUUCCGAUAAUGCUUAGGAAAUAUUUAUUAGUGAAUUUUUUCCUGUAUUAGCACAAUGUAAACGGUAUUCAAUAUAAGUGUGGACCAGCUCGAGCAUAGUGGCACUACAGGUUCACAGAAAACCAGCGUGAAACAACGCUUUUGUUUUAUUUCGCCGUGGGUGAGGGUACUAGUGUGGCUAACCAGCCACAUAGUUGUAACACUUCUAGCGUUGCCGGGGCCCUGUCCAUAGGGGGCGCUGACUGCUUACCAAUAGGUAAUGUGUCUGCUCAUUUGCUCUCAUAAAAUUGCUCGGGAGUUGCUCAUUCCUCAUACUAAUAAUGAAUUUGCUUGAUAUUAGUUUACAUUGUGCUAUUAUGUAAGAAAUAAACGAAUUUUACUAUCAAAAUGUGUUGGAUAGUUAUUACGUAUGAGACACAUUUUUAUAAAUUAAAAAAUAGUUGUUACCGCAGAACACAAUUUAUAUGGACUGCCAGUGUUUAUCAGGAACUUUGCGAAACUAUCUCUGAUUGAUCAAACAUUGUAAUAUAAAAUUAUUUAAAGUAGCAUGCAUCAUAAUAAUGAGUGUCCCAAUGUGCAAUAUAAUUAAUUAUAAUAUUUACAGAAAUUUUUACUUCUGUGCACUUGUUUUUAUUUCCUUUGUAAUGUCAACUCAUUCCUUAUUAUAGAUUUAAGUGAAUCGUUAUACAAAUAGACUUCGGUUUAUCACACCAUGCAAUUUACUAUGUUUAAGCUUGUGUAUACAGGUGUCAACGGAAUGCUCCUAAAAAAGCUAAUUUUUUUUUUGUUUUUAUAAUUUUAAUCGUUUUUGUUUUCGUAUUAUUCAUGCAACAUCAGCCGUUAGCAGUUGAUUGCAACUAUUAUUACAUAAAUUUUUAAAUUUUUGGAAAAUUAAUUUUCGAUUUAAACCAUCACCCUUUGCGGCGUUUGGGAGCGUUCCGUUUACAUUCUGUAUAAACAAAUACUUCAUAUUUCAUAUACUAUUGCCAUUAUAAGAGCAUUUAUUUUUCGUGAACUAAAAUGUUUAUUGUUAUUUUAAAAUAGUGUUGCCUGUCUUAUUGAAGUAAUUACAUGUGUCGGGUUAGGUUCUAGAUUAGAAUUCGGUGCGAAAAUCGGACCUAAUAUCAUUAUAAAUUAUUUUACUGUAAUUAUGUUAUGGUUAUAUUAUUACAUAAGUUGUGUAUGGAUAUUUAUUCAAUUAAAUAAAAACUAUGGUGAAUA